GCCCAGCUGCAGGCGGAGAAGGGAGGCGGGACGUUAAACCACUGUCUGGAGUUCCACGCCUGGUAGCUGUAACAGCAAAUAGAGCGUGAGGUUUAUUUUUUUUUAUAUCGGUAGGAGAGUACUACAGAUAACGAAAUAUAAAACAAACUAACAAAACCCUAUGAAUAGUCAUGGAGAAAAACAACGCUGUACCACCUAAAGCACGGCCGUAUAACAAGCCGUUUAAUAAAGUAAGGAAGCCUCUCUUCAAGUGUGAGGAUGAUACUGCUGGAGGAACUGGUGCAGCAGAGUCGGAAAGCAAAAGAAACCCUGCUUUUACUGAGCAGGAAAAUGAAAUUCUUGCCCAAAAAAUAGAGCAAUAUUAUGAGAAGCUUUUUGGGAAAUUUUCUGAUCGGACAUCAAGUUUUGAAAAAGAUGCAAUAUGGCAAGAGAUUGCUGAUUCUGUGUCGGCUCUUGAUGUGAGGCCUAGAUCUGUGUCUAAAUGCAAAAGGCGUUAUAGUGAUUUAAAAAUUAAAGUUAAAGCCAAAAUGGCAAAAAUGAAUGCUGAAUACAAAAAAACGUUCAGGCUACCAGUUACAUUUACAACAUCAGAAAAUAUUAUUAAGCAGCUCAUACCAAGCCAUUUAAUGUGUGGAGAGUCUGGCCUAAGACAUACCAAUGCCAGUUCAGUGCAAAAGGAACACAGCAGUGAAAGCAGAGAUAAUAGUCAAAACACAAAUAGAAUACUAACAGAAGACACUGAGGAGAUCUGUACUGUGUCACAAGAAUCAUAUGUCAGUGAUGAUAACAUUCAGGAGGAGGGUAUCUGUGCUGCAAAUGAUGUUGAGCCCUCUAGUAUAUAUUUCCAACAACAAGAUGAUGAUACUACAUUGCCUAAAGAAACAGAGAUCCCAAAUGAGCAGAAGUUUUACAAUGAAGUGACUGAUUUCUGUUGGGAACAGAUCCAACAUAAUGAACUUGUUCAGGAAAAGCUUGAUACAUUAAAUAAUAUGUUGAGGGAUAAGAACAACUAUAUGAAAUGUAUUAGUGACUCUCUUUUUCUUAUAGCACAAUUGAUGGCUAGAGAUCGCACUAGUAAGUGUCCACAGUGCUGUCACUGUGAUUUGGUAGGAAAUGUACUAUUAAAACCAAAAUGUCAAGCUUCUGAAAGUGUGCAAAUUCAUUCUGAGACAGGGUGUCUAUCAACAUCAUCUUGUACUACUCAAGUGACUGACAGAAUGAGGGUUACUAGUUUAAAACGGAAGAAUAAAAAAGAUGAUGAAACUCAAGAGAAUAGUCAGUCACAAAAAGGAAGUAAAAGACUAUGGCAAAGAAAGACUACCAGCAAUCAAUAACUGUUAUAAGUAAUUGGCUUCACAUGUCUACGCAGUGAUGUACAGCUUUUCCCCCCCAGUACUUUUGUUUCUUAAGGAGUCUAUGUUGGUGUUUUUGUGAGUAAUGUGACAUAAGUACGUGUGUGUGUGUCUGAACAGUUGUAAUCAAAAUUAUUCAACCCCCAUUGCAAAUCUAGGAUUAUUAUUAAAAUUUUCAGACGUUCAGCUGUUUGCAAUGAA